CCUGUUGUUGGUGGUUUGGUGAAUAAAUACGGUGCUCGAAAAGUUGUCAUGGGUGGUGCUUUCAUAUCCGGAACUGCGUUUCUAAUCUCUGUCGCCUCCCCAAAUAUCUACUUCUUUAUGCUAAUUUAUGGAGUAAUGGGUGGUAUAGGAUUUGGAAUGAUCUAUCUUCCUGCCAUAGUUGUAGUUGGCUAUUAUUUCGAGAGUAAACGAGCUGUCGCUACUGGAAUCGCUGUUGCUGGCUCAGGAGUGGGCACAAUGGUGAUGCCGUUUGUUACAGAGUAUUUCAUUUCCACGAUUGGCUGGAAAUACACCGUAUGGAUAUUGGCAGCGUUAGUAUAUACAUGUGCUGCUUUUGCCAUACUGUAUCGGCCUCUACCAAUGCCAUCACUUGAACAAAAAGAUCAGGAACUUGUUCCACUACGGGCAGCGCUUAGGAAGAUGUCUGAAGCUGAUGACGACGAGAAUCGUGCCACCUCUGAUUUAUCGAACGAACAUGACAGUCCCACCAAACGUAAGUAUCUUCGCAAAUUUAUGUAUUAA